AUGCCUGGAAAGACGUCGAACGAAGUUACCUUUGACCCAGACGUGUUGAAGGCAAAGUAUCUUGAGGAGCGCAACAAACGUCUUCGAGAUGAUGGUAUCAAACAGUACCAGGCGAUCGAAACGGGCAAUCUCAAAUACUCUGUUGAAGACCCAUACACCAAGCCCGGGUUCUCUCGUGCUUCAAUCGAUGAAGAAAUCGAUUUCCUCGUGAUUGGAGCUGGCUUUGGAGGACAGCUCAUCGCAGCAUGCCUUAUUGAGGCUGGAAUCACCAAUAUUCGUAUCGUUGACAAGGCCGGUGAUUUCGGAGGAACCUGGUACUGGAACCGCUAUCCUGGAGCAGCGUGUGACAUCGAAUCAUACAUUUACAUGCCGCUGUUGGAAGAGCUCAACUACAUCCCAACGGAAAAAUACGCCAGAGCACCUGAGUUGCUUGAGCAUGCUCGCAACAUUGGAAGACAUUUCGGGCUUUACGACAAGACCCUGUUUCAGACCGAAGUCGUCCGCCUCGACUGGGAUGAGACUGCCAGUCGUUGGAUUGUGAAGACAGAUCGUGGCGACACCAUCUCUGCUCAAUUUGUAGCUACGGCGAGCGGGCCUCUUCACAAGCCAAAGUUGCCUGGUGUUCCAGGGAUUGAAAAGUUCAAGGGCCAUAGCUUUCAUACUUGCAGAUGGGAUUAUGAUUAUACUGGAGGGGACACAACAGGAGGAUUGAGCAAAUUGGCCGAUCGACGUGUUGGGAUAAUUGGAACCGGGGCAACGGCGGUUCAGGUAAUUCCUCAUGUCGGCUCUGCAGCUAAGCAUCUAUACGUGUUUCAGCGGACUCCAUCUUCGGUCGACAUUCGUUUGGAUCAACCAACCGACCCAGCGUGGGCUGCCAGCUUGCAAAAAGGAUGGCAACAGAAGAGAAUGGAUAAUUUCAAUAUCAUUGUAUCCGGUGGACACCAAGACGAAGAUCUUGUGCAGGAUGGUUGGACCGAUAUCCUGAGGAAUCUUUCGGUCUAUGGGGGGAGGGAUCAACCCACUGCGAAAAAAGAAGCAGCUUCCGCAAUGCAAAUGGCCGACUUCAAAAAGAUGGAACAAGUCCGAGCUCGAGUAGACCAAAUCGUUAAGGACCCGGCGACCGCGGCGAGACUGAAAGCAUAUUACAACCAGUUCUGCAAGCGGCCUUGUUUCCAUGACGAGUAUCUCCCCACCUUCAACAGAGACAACGUUACCUUGGUGGACACAGACGGGAAAGGAAUCGAGCGCAUUACCGAGAAUGGAAUUGUGGCAAACGGCAAAGAGAUCCAGUUGGACUGUAUCAUCUACGCCACCGGAUUCGAGUUUAGCACCGAUUACAGCAAGCGAAGUGGCAUCGAGAUCAGGGGGCUCAACGGAACCACCCUCACUGAGAAGUGGGAGGAUGGAGAGAAGACAAGCACGUAUCACGGACUGUGGUCUCGAGGCUUUCCCAAUCUCUUCAUUGUCAGCAUCGUGCAGUCGGGCUUGACUCCAAACUUCACCCAUAUGCUGGCAGAGCAAUCGAAACACAUUGUCCAUGUAGUCAAAGAGUGCAAAAAGCGGAAGGUGAAGAGCAUUCAGCCGGAGGAAGAGGCAGAACAGCAGUGGGUGGAAGCUAUUAUGGAGGGGGGCAAGCUGCAACAGAAUUUUGUGAAGGAGUGUACGCCAGGAUACUACAACCAGGAAGGCCAGAUUACGGAGAGAGCUCUACGUAACUCUAAUUAUGGAUUUGGCUCUGUUGCUUUCAUCAAGCUUUUGAAGGAUUGGAGAGAAGCCGGGAAGCUGGGCGGGCUGGAGUUGACGAGCGAGUAA